AUGGCAUCCAAUGGAAAAAACGGAGUGGGGAAACCUGGGAGAAGCACGACGAAGGAUUCAGAUAUGGGAGCCAAUGACAAAGAAGAGAAAAAAGAUCUGAGUGGUUCUGAGCAGGUUGAGAAGGAAGGGAAGACUCCAGUAACUGAUGAUAAUGGAGGAAAAACGCCAUCUGCCGAACCAGUUGAGGAGGAAGUGGGGGACGAACUACAGGAUGUAUUGAAACCUCUUGGAGGUGACAUUACUGAGGUUCUUCUUGCAAAGAGAAGAAGAUUAGAAAUGAAUACCAGUGCUGCUAUCGACAUCAGUAAGGAGAAAAUUGAGAAUGUUUGGAAAACACAAAAAGAGCAAAGGGAGGAUCUUACUAUGAAAUGCUCUCAGCAGUUUCUGACUUUGUUCCAGCAGUGGGAUAUAGAUGUGCAGAAAGCUAAGGAACAAGAAGAACACCUAACUGUCAGUAUCAGGCUUGGCUUUAUAA